UCAGCCUGUUUCUCCGAGUCUCAUAUUGCCCAUCGAUCAAUCACGUAGACUUCACCUUCCCACCAUCGCAUCACACACAUACACACAUAUAUAUAUAUACUCGUAAUUCGUUCGCGAUGUCUCAUCGGACAUCCAGCGUUUACGUAUCUGGGAGAUUUUCGGAACCAAUGACGGCUCAGCACAAUUUCAACACUCAGUAUGAUACGGACAACCCUAAUCGGGCGAUGUCAUCUUAUAAUCGGAUAAUGCACGAGCACACCAAGCGGCAGUUGAACAUGGCCACCAACUCUGCUCGCCGACGUUCCAGUGGCACGAGUCCGGGAUCCUCCGAAUCAAGUCUCAGCUCCAUUAGCUCAACAAGCUCGUAGCAAACCACCUUUAUCACUCCCUCACAUCGUUUCCUCCUUUCAUGCAGUCAUCGCCACCGUCGUCUGAGACGCAGCUGGGAUUUUUCCAGGUAAUGUUAUGUCCAGGCAGACGUAUCAUCCACCUGGACUCGCAACGAAUAAACCAUACAUCACAGCCCAAGGAGGUUUAAGGUAUACAAAUAAGUCAGAUGACUUGGUGUUUGGGUUGGCAUCAUAUUAGCGACUGUUGCUUGGGCAUAGGCC